AUCAUUUGUUCCAAAUUGUGUUGUAAAACGCUCGCAAUCGUAUUGCCGCAAAAAUACUUACACAUCGCAAGUGCUGAAUAACAGAGAUGUGUCACGUUAGGUACAUACUCGCGACGUCUAGAUUUUUACCAGCAUGCACCUCUGAGUAUGCAGAAAUGUGUUUAAAAAAAUGUUUCAGUCGGGGUCAUAAAGAUCGCGAAUCCAUUCAAACCGUAAAUAACGCGAGCAUCUUUCAGUGGUCGAGUUGGGUCGGUGAGUUCAAUGCGGGUGCUUCGACAUACCUACAUGUACCUAUGUAUACCAAACACAACAGUCUGGUUGCAACCGCGAAACCUCACGCGACUUCACCACUUAUCGUAAGCAGCGACUGUCUGACGGACAUACCGAUCGUCGUGUCCGUCGAAUUUUCUUAUUAGAUGCCAAAUGGUCGCGUAAUAACUAACUACAAACUUCAUUACAAUCAGUAAUAAUACAGUAACAGUAGGUAGUACCGUAACUAAUGCGAUCGUUACCGUGGUUUGUCAUUAUCCGUCGCGUUUACGCGCCCGUUCAAAAUAUCACCGGAAUUAUUCAUGAAUCACGGCGCGACCACCUGUUGAAAUUACUACUUCCCGUCGUCGCCGUCGUUCUCGUUUUCAUCAAUGAAUUUCGCUGUUUUGCAGGAUCACUGAGGACUACCGCUGCGGCAAUUGGUCUAGCGGCGCUGGUCGCAGCGUCGCUCCUAUUACCCGUCGCACGUUGUGCCCCCGCACCGGUGUACGAAAAUGAAGAAAAACCGUGGUGGCACAAUCCCUGCAGUUAUAAUCCCAAUAGGAUACGGCAUAGCAGAGGCAUACCGCCAGCCGUCAAAACUCAACUCAAAACUAUCGUAAAUAUGUUCAAUAGUCGAGUGUCACAGCACGUACAGCGGUACUGUUCAAAGUUCGAAAGUACCGUGCACAGCAAGCAAAUUAAGAAACCAGAUUGGCUUCCUACAAAGAAGUUCUUCCAAUCUCUUGACGAUAAUGUUUCGGCUCUUCCGGAGUUUCAUUAUCAAAUUCAAAUUCACGCCGCGACUUUACAUAAAUUAUGGAAUAUGCACAUCGAGUCGGCUGUGAGUUCUUUCGACGGAAUAGAACGUAGCAACUUAAUGAACGACACCGCACAACAUAUGAAAUCUCUCCUUUGUGAGGUGGAAACUGCCAUGAACAGUAGCAAACUUCACAGGAAAAAAUUGGUCCCGAUCAAUUACGUCAGCGACGUCCAGAUCCCGUCGAAAACUAACUUCACUACAGGUAUCGUAACUGACUGCACUUUGCUGAGAGAAUACGGAAAUUUUUUGCGUAAAAGCAAUAAGAAGUUGUCGGGAAAAAAUAGAAGAAGGAAGGCCGGGAAAACGAAGAAAGCAGGGAAGGCAGGAAAAUCAGGAAAGCCGAACAAAAAUAGAAAAAGGACUUUCAGACGUAGGAGUUAGUGAAGUGCGCGUGAAAAUCAAAGUGAAAACAGCUCAUCACACCCAAAGAGUCUUUACUACUAAUUUCAACAGUAUUAUUAUCGACCUUAGGAUUAAAUAAUUUGACUGUGACAGUUAGCAUAAGAAAAAGUGCCAGUGCUUAGAAAACAGUAAGUUCCUUUUCUACUUAUGUAUUAGGUAUUACCUAUAUAGGUUUUCCAGUUGUCUGUGAUACGAUACGAUAUUUUUGUGAAUCUCCUCAUAAUUUAUUUAUUUAUUUUAAUUUAUUCGUAGCUUAUAGCCUAGCAAUUGCCUAUUUAUUAUAUUAUUUUAAUGAUCAUGCUUGGUCUUGCAAAUUUUAAAACUUUUAUAU